AUGCGCAACCUCAAGGGGAAAGUUUCCAUCAUCACAGGCGGUGCUACGGGGAUAGGACUGGCACUCGCGCUGGACCUGGCCAAGGAAGGCGACGCCAAGAUCGUCAUAGCUUCGACCAACAGGGAGCGCCUCGAAGCGGCCGCAGUGAAGAUUCGCAGUGCUGGUGCGCAAUGCCUGCCCAUCGUGUGCGACGUGUCCGACAAGAAGGCGGUCCAGAGCCUUCACGACGAAGCCGCAAAGGCGUUCGGCCCCUGUGACGUGCUGGUCCUCAAUGCUGGCGUCACCACUGGCGGGCCCCUCCUCGACCAUCGAGAAGAAGACUGGGACUGGGUCUAUGGCGUCGUGCUCUUCGGCGUCACCAACUUCGUCCAGAUCUACUACCCGGAGAUGUGCCGCCGCGGGGCCGGCCACAUCGUCAUCACGGGCUCCCAGGCCGGCAUGAACCCGACCUGGUUCUCCAACCACGGGCCCUACACGUCGGCCAAGGCGGCCGUCAUGGCGCUGGGCGCGGCGCUGCGGCUCGAGGCGGCCGAGCACGGCGUCGGCGUCACGAGCGUCAUCGUCGCCGCGACGCACACGGACAUCAUGCAGUGCGAGCGGGCGCGGCCCGAGAGGUUCGGCGCGCCGCAGCAGGUGGAGAGGGAGAAGCGCGUGGCGAGGCGGAUCCCGGCGUCGGACGUGAGCGGCAUGAUCGUGAGGGGCAUCAAGGAGAACCGCGAGUGGGUGGCGACGCACCCGGAGCUCAAGGGGAUGCAGAAGUCGUACUUUGAUAGGAUCUUGAAGAGCUAUGACGAUAUCGAGGCCGGAACCGCUACAGAAUAG